AAAAAACAGGAAAUGACACGAGAAAUGUAGUGCGGUUUUCUCGGCAAGGGCGGUCAAACAUCAGACUUGUAUUUUGUGAUAUGAUCAUUGGUGGCGUGUUUUUAUCGCAGAAUUAACGUCGUAGUUUGGCUAAUUUUGUAGUUUCACAGUACGUAUACAGAAAUUUAACUGCAACGGAGUAGAAGUGGACCUUGGAAGUUAUUAAAUCAGCUUUCAGGUAAGGCAAGCCGUCUGGUAAGGCGGAGGAGCCCACGGAGGAUGUCGACUAAAAAUAAGCAGUUGUAUCAAAUCGGAUGUAAAACUAAUAGACAUGUGGGGUUCUGAAUUAAGUGAAGAAUUAAUUUUAGUAGGGAUACGUAAAAAUUACUUCAAAUUAUAACUUGAAUCCUUCCCCGAAGAAAGUGGCUAGCAACUGAAUAGAUAUGUGGAAAACCAAAAUGAAAAUUUGAAGUUCAGCCAGUCUUGUAUAGAAUUUAUCGUUUCUUUGUUGCUGCUUUUAAUCUGGGAGAUGUCUCACCCAUUUCUUUGAUGGCAAUUCUUUUUCAAUUUGGGAAGUGAUUAUUAAUUUAGAUUUUUUGUCGGCGUUUAAGGUAUUGUCUGAGUCAAUAGCACCAGAUUGGCAGUGGUUUUGUGAAAUAUUAUCACCAAAAGAAAUUUGUCUAGGCAAAUUUCGACUGGAAUUUACAUUUCCCCUGACUCUUUAUAGCAAGGCUUAAAUGUGAAAUUUAUGAACAAGCUGAUAAUGUAAAAUGCUUUUAUUGGAUUUUGAAAUCCAUGAAGUUGAGACCGCAUCCCAGACAGUCCCCGUCUUGUGUAGCACCUGUUGUAGUGAUACCAUGACUGACCAAAGGUUGCACAAAAUUGUUGUUUGUAAUCUUAAUAUUAUUGCAAUGCUUGUCGGGUUUAGGUAACCUAUAUUUCCGUUCGUCAGUACUGUAACCUUUAAGUUUUUGUUCAUGUCUACGCAGGUUAAUUCCUUUACAUUUCAGACUGGGUUUUUAUUGACUACGGAAAAUCUCGAGAAAAGCCAACACGUGUACGCACAAAGGACCAGGAUCAACGUCAACAAACAGUUGACGAAACUCGUAGUAAAACAUGUGAUAUUCUUGGCCAAUCACAUGUCUUAGACAUGGAAACCGAAUGAAAAGGGAACGAUAUUUCCAUAAAAAAACGUCAGUCCGGCUGAAAAGGAUCCAGAAAACCAUGAAAAUCCCCAGAAGCAGUCCUUGUAUUUAUUGAUUCCAAUUAUAAUAUAUAGAUUUAGCCAGGGCUAAAAGCGAAGCUCUCGAUAAUAUAGUUUGUUAAAAAGUAAAUAAAAUUGUGUAAUGCUAGGCGGCGAAGGCAACCGGCCGGAGAAUAGUGAAAAACAACAAUAGGUCUAAUUUAAUAGAAAACAAAGGCAACUUUGCACGUGCAGCACACUUUUUUUGUAAAUUCCUUUGCCGUUGUUUUGCACGACUACAACGUGAAACUUCCAGAAACUUCUUAGGGCCUGUUUACAUGUAAACAGGGUCUUAGUUACACGUUUUAUGGAGGAAAUGUCGUACGUGUUCUCGUUCACUUUUUUUUUCACUGCCGCUUAUUUUGACCUUGCAUUGGUGGCCGCUCGCAUUUCCCAUUUUGUCACCGCCGCUACAAAAUUUUCAUGUUGUUCUUCCAACAAAAAAAUUUAUCUCUCGCUCUAGACCUGGCCCGCCGCCUCCUUUCUCUUUUUCUCUGUCUUUCUCCCGCUCUAAAUUUCAAAUUUGUGGACAUGACAAUUAGUCUAAACUAAAUACUUUAGCCAACACGGAUACAGAAUUUUCGCUUUCCGUUUUCGUCUUUAUUGACUCUUUAGUUGUCUCUGCUUUACAAGAAGACAGACAAUUCAGACAUCGUAGGGAAGAGUUUCCGAAAUGAAAAGAAGCAAGACUGCUUAUCACCCAUCAUUAUAGAUCUAUUAAUGUACUGUGUGGGCUUCUUACAGUAUGAACUGGAAGGAAAUGCAAUAUAAAGUCGGCGCAAAAUUAACACACACUGUAUAUCAAUACAUUACUGCUUUUGGUGCUGUACGUUUGCUAAAUCUUUGAAGUGCAUGUAUUUUUCCAGUUGUAAAUAAAGAUAGUACUUUAAUACAUUGACAUGCAAGGGUGCUAGACCGUUGUUGUCUGCGGCCUUCUUGGCUCUUAUAAGACAAAACCAUGGUAUUUUUAUAUUUAAAUAAGGCCCAGUUCAGACACCGAGCCUAAUACAUUGAAUUAAGUACAUGAAAAGUUCGGCGUCUGAAUCAGUUAGUAAGGCCUGUUUCAAUUUGGAACGGCUGAGCCGUUCUUUUCGCCUACUGCCGGCCAGAAAAUUUCGCCUUUGGAGUGACUUUGGAACGGCUUUGAUUCAGACUCCGAACUUUUCAUGUACCGAACCUUAUGCAUAAAUUAUUAUACCGUUUUUUGUAAGCAGUUUGAUCGAAAUGAGCAUUUUUCGCCACUUGAUCCUAGUUCAGCUGAAAUUAAGAUCGGAGUCUGAAUCAAUUCAGCCGGUCUAAAUUAUUUGGGUCGGCCUUUUCGAAUUAGGUUCGGCUCAUGAAAAGUUCGGCGUCUGAACCGGGCCUAAAUUAUCGUAAACUACCGCUUGUUGUAAGUCCUGGGCCUAUGCAUCCUCAUGAGGGGUUAUUGCGGGAGCUUAUAAACGGAGGGGCUUAUACCCGAGGGGACUAGAAAACGAGAAUAGAAAAAACUAGCGGGAAUAGAAAAAGCGCUUCGAAACAAAUUAAGGUUGAAAGCGUCAUAAUAAAUCGAAUUCAGUUCAAUACAUUUAGAACAAAAUUAGAAGAGGGGCUUAUAUCUGGCCGGGGAGCUGGACUUAUAAUUGGAUGUAUUUCUCUUGUUUACAGGUAGAUGGGCCUUUAACUGAGGGAAGGGGUAUGUUUAUAAGAGGAAGGUGGUUAAAAGUGGCAGUUUACGGUAUAUAAAAUGAUUUCAGUGUGUAAAAAUUUAAAAGGCGUUGGUAUCUUUGGACAUCCUCGGAGGGCGCGACGAAUGUUUUCAAGCACGGGUGGAAGGAUGGGAUUCAGUGCAGUUUCUGAAAGAUUGAGCCGGUACCCUCAACUCCUGUACUUAAAUAUCUUUCUAUUUCAGGGAUGUCUGAAAGCGGUGAAAGCUGCAGUUCUGAUGAUGAGUAUGAGUCAGAUGAUUUUCUUUCUGAUUCGGAGAGUGAGAAUUCUUCGGAAGAUGGUAAGUGGGGGAAAUUCAUUGAUAUCUCCUGUUACAUAACGAAUCCGUUUAAAUGUAAAGUAUAUAUGUUCCCCAAAGUAUUUCUAGAAUGAAUAUUACGUGCUCCAAGAUUCACUUUUGCUAGCUUUACCAAUUCACCCUGGAACCGCCUGUGCUGAAUCCACGUCCCUUGUACCAGCUGUGACAUCAUCAUUUUUUUAAGGAUCAAAGACACUUCUUCAUGUACCUGGUUGAAGGGGAAGAGAACUUUUAAACAAUGCCAGAGUUCACUAGAUGAAAACCUUUUUCUGCUCCUUUCAUCUGAUCCUACGAUGCUAAAAACUCUGCCUAAAACAUUUCAAACCGAACUGAAGCUCUAGUGGAGCAAGAAAGGGGAAGGAAGAGCGGAGAAAGCGCAACCGCUUUACAAAAGUAACGGAGGCUCUGGGGACAAGAUUGAAGCGCAAAGCGUAUGCCCUGAUAUUUUGCACAUGCCCGAACUACGUAAGCUGAUAUUUGGCUGAAUAUUUUGCAUGUGGAAGAGAAGGCCGCAAGGUGCGCGGCCUAAAAACGGCGUUGGGGGUACUUUUGGCUUUUCAUAGCCAGAUAGUGACAAGAAAAGGUUCCAAUAGCUUUAAAAGGCGUUUUUCGGCAAAAUUCCCAAGGGCGAAUGAGUGAAUACUAAAGGCGCGUUCGAUUGACCGUAUUCUGGAAUAGGAAUACAUAGCGGAAUGAAUUUACUUUACUGGUCAUUACUGGACGGCUUCGUGUUAAGUAUCGUGGGAUAUUUUACGUGUCAAGCUGUAUUUUGGCGAGACCGUAAAACUUAAAGUAGUUUGCUCAAUAAAUCCACUUUCUUCGGGUCAUCGUCGGCACUUGGAGGCUCUAUGUUUUUGCCAGGAAAAUAUUUGCGAGUAAAUAAGAGAUGGACUGACAAAUAAUUGUGACUGGGCUUAUAAUGGCAAGUGGAUACACGGGAAAGAGCAAAUUGCGAUGAAAAGAAGAAAAACCUCCCAUAAAGUAGUUUCGCGGAGCUUGUUGAAAACAAUCAACGAACUCAAUACCCGACUUUUGCCCGAAAUAUGGUCAUUAAUACAACUGCUUGGGCACAGCGUAGUUUCCAUAUAGCGAGUUGGUGUUGUUUGGAUCCUUUCAUGAAAAUAACGGAAAUCUAUUACUAAGUGCGUGAGCACUUACUUUCCGACAGGUCUUCGAACGUUUUGGGACAUCUGCAGAGUUAAGAGUCUUGCCGAACAUCCUGCACACUGGACUGCGUCCAGAUCCUGAACUCUGCAGCUACUAAAUACUAAUUGAAACGCAAAUAAUCUUUGUUCAUAAAAUGGGAGAAACCCGACCUCAACCAGCAGGUGAAACACAUAAACCUGACUCUCUCCCUGUAAGUAGCUAAGCUUCACUAAUUUUAAACCUUUCAGUACGCAAUAUUAACAACGCAAUGUAAAGAAGUUUGUAACAUCGCGGGCGAUUUAAAUUCAACGGCGAUUUCAAAAUAUGUAACACUGAAGACGACGGAUGUACCGUCGAAACGUGUUGUGUUUAUGCGGCUGUCUAUUUCCAAGUGACGGUUUUGAUUUUGAAGGUUGUGUAGCAUAUUUUGGCAAAUGGGAUGGUCCUUGAAAGCUGCAAGUAAUACCAAGAUUCAAAACAAAAUUCUAAGCUAUAAGUUUGGAUCAGGUCAUUUUAUAGUUUUCGUAGCAAAAUUUACUUUUGUUAUUCAUUUUUUGCUAACUCUGUUUACGAAUUUAGGCGAAGAAGACACCGAAGAUAUCGUUUUCCAAGACAGCGAGGAGGAUAUGGAAGAUGAGGAUGAUCAACGCUUGAAAGAGUUAGAAUUAUGUUCAUCCUCUGAUGAAGGUAGCUAAAGAGAAUAAACUGUAAAAACAACCAGCCGUUUGUCCUUGGGAACAAAAGAACGUUCCCACAUUCAGGCCCGGCCAGGGGUAUUGAGUACUCGGGUAUCCGGGGUCUUUUUUAUUCAGGUAUUCGGUAUUUUGAUAUCACAACUGUGGGUAUAAAUUAUGUUGUUUUUCUAAAUUAUUGGUUUUUGGUAUUUAGACACGAAAUUUUGUGCAUUUGUUCAUAAGUGAAUGCAUGUUGACACAUUGAUAGAGGGGCGGGCAAAGGAGGGAAUUGAUAAAGUUCGUGACCGACUGCAAUACACCAAAAGUUAUACACUGUAAUAUGCACUGUAUGUGGGUAUGUUAUCUCUCACUGCCUCAGUAACAUGACAAAUCGUUUUUAGGGACUAUAUGUGGUAUUCUGUUUCAAGACCGACACUUUUAGGUAUUCGGUAUCGACGAUUUUACCAUUUUUAGGUAUGUUGGCAUCUAAUGAGGAAAAAUUCCCGAAUGUUGGUAUCCCACUGCCCCACACUGGCCGGGCCUGCCGUUUCUUAGAGGCACCAAUUUUAAACUUGGGUUGACAAAAUACAGUGCGUGGCACCCAAGCGUCGACCACCUCGUUUGAUACUGUUUAAGUACUGAAAGGGAAUUAGGACUGUUGUAACUCUUGAUAAAAUAACAACAUCACUGGGUAAACAAGACAGAUAUAUUAGAGAAUUGGAAAUACAGGGGGAAGAAGACAGAAAACCUUGGUUUCGUGCACAUGUAUAUCUUACUUUACGAAGUACAAACGAAAACACGUAACUUGGUUUUUGCAAUUUUGCCUUGCCUGUACACUAAUAAUGGUAGAAAAACGGAGGUUGUCACAAUUCGAGAAUUGUGGCCAUGAUAACCGCGAAGUUGUUCGAAAACGCACUCGAAAGAGAAGUCUGAUUAAAACCUAAAUAUCGUUUUCAUGUCGAUGGGUAAAGAUGAAGGUUGCCACGGGCAAGGCUAUGCACUGAGGAGUGCACAAGUACGAGAACUGCCUGGAAAUGAAAACGUUUUGCCAGAUGGCUUGGUAUAGACGGUAGAAGGCGAAACGGAAACGCUAUAGUACGAUCACGUAGCUUUCAAAGGCGUUUUGCUCACAUGAAAACAAAAAUUAGACAGCUGCAAACACACCAAUUUUUGCAGUUUUUACAUUCGAAUCCUUUACGUUUGACUUUUGAACUUUUGUCGUAAACAUCACCUCAAUUGAGUUAUAAAAGUCGUCUCUUUCCCUCUUCACAGAAAGAUGCCCGCAGGUUUGACUUUGUAAGCUGAAAGAUCACGUUAGAUCCUUAUUGUAAGCGUAUUUUAUCUCCAGUUUAAGUCCCACUCUUCAGAUAUUUUUACAUUUUAGCCAAUUUUUGCGUUUCAUUAAGCGGUGGCUUGGUAGGGUGUCUUCGAUUUCUCCUUGUUGAUUUAUUUUUUUAUCCAACAAUUGUGAUAUGUAGAUGUUGAGUAGUUCAAAGAUACGUGAAUGCCGUCGUGUUAUUUAUUUUUUGCAGACUCCAUGCGUUUUGAAACAGCGCGAUCUUCAAAAGUCGCUAGUUUUGGCCUUUGAAUCGGUCCAAAUUAUGCCCUCGGAUGGCGGAAGUCAUUUUGGCUUGUAGCAAAAAAGAAAAGCAAGAAAUCUAACAAACUAACCCGGUUUUAUUACAUGUACACCAAAUACUUUUAGUCCACAGACCAUAAAGGCAAAUUUUUUUUCCGACCCGAAAAUCAUCAGACCGGUCUUAUUGAGACUGCCACUGACCUAAAUCCGUAUUAGGGGUGGCGAAUGUUACCUCGAAAAACGUGGGUCUCGGAAAAUUUUGGCAGGAUCUCGAAAUCUCGGAAACGUUUUUGACAAGUCUCGAAGUCUCGUUUUUUUAUGGUUUGUUUUCGGAUUUCUAACUAGGAUCUCGGCGUCUCGGCGAGUCUCGGAUUUUACCAUUCGCCACCCCUCGUAUUUUGGGGAUUAAUUCAUGCUUCUGCGUUUCAUGGAAAGAAUCCGAAAAACUUAAACUUGACAAGUAGUUUCCAGUGAAAAUACAGGUUUACUACGUCCUACCGGCUCGUGCCAGUACUGCUGGAACACUUAAGGGUGGUCUUCACAAGCAACAGAGUCGGGAGUGCCCUUCUGAUUCCACUUACGACUCCGUUGCUCACGAUCUAGUGAAAACUAGGUUGUCGAAUUACAAGCAGAAGGGGAACUAAAAACCAAUCACAAAUCGUGAUAACGAAAAUCUUGAGUGUCUUUCUUUUUUUUCGCCCUUACUUACGACUCCGGUUUGAUUUUUACCAGGUCGUAUGCGCUACUUAUUCAUUUUCGGAUUACCCUUCGUUUUCGUCGUAACAAAUCCAAAGAAUCCGAGUUCAAAAAUCUAAUCUUAAAUUUUCUCAAAGAAAGGUACCCUAUAAAAAGAACUAAAAUGAUUCAUCCACAG